GGGAGGCGGACGCGCUUCCGGGGUCGCGUCCGCUGGCGCGCGGGGGAAUUUGUGAACUACGCGGCCGGUACCAUGUUCGUGACCGCCCUCCUCCUCCGCAAUCGCAUUCCUGGCAGCCAGUGGAUCGGGAAGCACCGGCGGCCGCGCGCCGUGUCUUUCCACGCGAAGCAGAACAUGAUCCGUCGCCUGGAGAUAGAGGCGGAGAACCAUUACUGGCUGAGCAUGCCCUACCUCACCGCGGAGCAGGAGUACGGCCACGCCGCGGGGCGCCGGGCGGCGGCCUUCGAGGCCAUCAAGGCGGCCAGCGUGUCCAAGUUCCCCCCCCACAGAUUUGUGGUAGACCAGCUCGACCAUCUCAAUGUCACCAAGAAGUGGUCCUAACCCAGCGCCACCGCCUUUCAGCUGGACGGAUCGCGGGGCUGCCAUCUCUGUGACCCGAUUCUGGAACUGAAAAGCUAACCUCUAGAGAGAAAAUGAACCUUUGGACCGGAGUCUUAAUGGACAGCAAAGAGGAACGUAGUGGUCUGCAUGUAGAAUAUCUGGGGCUCCAAAUUCUUUAAUACUUGAGAGUCUGAUCUCUGUCGCAUUGUUUCCUUUUUCUUUAUCCUCAUAGGAAGAUACAGGAGAUUUCCUGGGUCACAGAGGAUAUGAAAUGUAUUUUGGAUGGAAGCUUCAAAAAAAAAAAAA